AAUAUAAAAUUAAUUAUGGAUCAUUUUCAAACAUCGCUGAAUCCACGCAAGCAGGAGCUUUUGGAAGCCCGUUUUAUUGGUGUCAGGAUGUCCGCCGGCGCUCAGUUGCAGAUGGCACCGCAGACCACAACGAACCUAAGUCAUCUUCAUCCCAGCAGUCAAGCGGCAGCGGCGCAACAACAACAACCAACACCACAACAACAGCAGCAGCAACAUUUUAGCAAUCAUCACAGCGCGCUGCAGCAGCAACAACAACAGCAGCAGCAGCAGCAGCAACAACAACAUUGCGGGCCCGCUGCUGCCGGCGGUCAUAGCAGCAAUCCGGAUUCGAAUAUGAGCACUGGCUCCUCGCACAGCGAGAAGGAUGUCAAUGAUAUGUUAGGUCUAAGCAGCCUCCAACAGCAGCAAGCAGUGCAACAGCAGCAGCAUUUGCAUUCGAACAACGGCGCUUCUAUAUUGGAUAUGUUGGGCGUGCAGCAGCAGGUGGUGUCUAGCGGUCCUGGUCCUGGCAGUGGGAAACAGCCUCGCACACCGGCAGAGCGGAAACGCAAGCGUCGCUUGCCCAACAAUAGCGACGAUGGUGGCAGCGGCGGCGGCAGCAACACCGUGGGCAGCUUAAAAGGCAAAUCGCUAGCGUUUCGUGAUCAGACCGGGCUCAGCAAAGUCGGCACCAAUCAGCUGACACUAAGUCUGCUGCCCGAACGCUGUGCGCCCUCCAGUGGCGGCGGCGGCAGCGGCGGUAGCACCAAUUCAGGCAGCGGCAUUGGUGGCAAGAGUGCGCGUCUGAUGCUGCCGAAUGUGGCGAAUGACAACAAGAAGAUUAAUGAUUACUUUAACAAGCCACAGCAACCGCCGCUACAGCAGCAACAGCAGCAGCAGCAGCAAUCACAACAACAGUCGGCAUCCAAAUCGCCUUCGUCCGCCUCACAGCAGCAGCAACAGCAGCAGCAGCAACAACAGCAAGUGGCUCAAGUAGCGCAGCAGCAGGUGCAGCAGACAACGACGCAAGUGCCGACAACAAAUCCUUAUGCCAUACACGGAUUCCAUGCAACUAGUCCACAGACGCAGGCGCCCAGUCAGCAGCAGCAGCAGCAACAACAGCAGCAGGCGCAACAGCAGCAGCCGCCACCACCGCCGCAACCAACAGACUUUCAUUAUGUGAAUAGCUCGGCCACAGCGCUGGCAGCAGCAGCAGCGGCGGCGAAACAGCAGCAACAGGUAGCGCAGCAGCAACGUCAGCAGCAGCAACAGCAGCAGCAGCAGACAACAGCAAUGGUUCCUCAGCAGACAUCACUUGGUGUGGGCGUGCCCAUGUCGCAUGUGGGCGUGGGCGUGGUUGGUGUCAACGUUGGCGUCAACGUUGGAGUUGGCGUUGGCGUUGGAGUUGGCAUGCUCGGUCUGCAGCAGCAGCAACAACAACUGGGAGCGCCAGUGCCGCCGCAGCAGCAACAACAGCAGCAGCAACAGCAACAGCAGCAACAGCUGCCGGUUGUAAGCAGCGCCGGCAAUUCCUCCGUGGUGGCCACACACGCACAUGCCUUGGGCGUUGUCGGAGUGGGCGUGGUGCCAGGCUUAGUGCCACCACCGCCUCCCUUGGGCAUGCCCACAAGCAUCAUGACGUUUAGUAAAUCCACCCAAACGGAAGUGUCACAGCAGGAGCUGCAGGAGCGCGAGGCGGAGCACGAAUCCGGCAAGGCGAAGCUGGACGAGAUGACGCGGCUAUCGGAUGAACAAAAGUGCCAGAUAGUAAGCCAUCAGAAGUCCAUCGAGCAGGGCAAAUCCCACAUAGCCAAGUGCAUUGAUGUUGUCAAGAAGCUGCUGAAAGAGAAAAGCAGCAUCGAGAAGAAGGAGGCGCGCCAGAAGUGCAUGCAGAAUCGUCUACGCUUGGGACAGUUUGUGACGCAACGCGUCGGCGCCACAUUCCAGGAGAACUGGACGGACGGCUAUGCAUUCCAGGAGCUAAGCCGACGCCAGGAGGAGAUUACAGCUGAGCGUGAGGAAAUCGAUCGCCAGAAGAAGCAGCUGAUGAAGAAACGUCCCGCUGAAUCUGGACGCAAGCGCAACAACAACAGCAAUCAGGCCAACAAUCAGCAUCAACAUCAACAGCAGCAGCAGCAACAAAACUCCAACUCCAAUGAUUCAUCUCAGUUAAGUGAUCGUCUUGCUGGACCGGGCAGCAUUGAUAGCGGCCUCGGCGGUGUGGGCAAUGCGGCGGGCAACGCUGCGGGCGUCGGUGUGGGUGGCAAUGCUGGUGGCAAUGCCACUGGCGGCAGUGGGCGUGGCCUGACGCGUUCCAAUUCAACGCAGGCGCAAGCGCAGCUGCUGCACAAUGGCGGCGGCGGCGUUGGUGGCAGCGGCACAGGCGCCGCGGCAGGCGGUAAUCUGGGCAGCGGCGGCGCAGUUGGUGAUCGCCUAUCGGAUCGCGGUGGCGGCGGUGUGCCUGGCGGCGGCUCAGGCGGCAGCGGCAACGCUGGCUUGGGUGGCAAUGACAGCGGCAGCUGCUCGGACUCGGGCACGUUCCUCAAACCGGAUCCGGUAUCGGGCGCGUAUACGGCGCAAGAGUAUUACGAGUACGAUGAGAUACUCAAGCUGCGACAGAAUGCGCUCAAAAAGGAGGAUGCGGACCUGCAGCUCGAGAUGGAGAAGCUGGAGCGUGAGCGCAAUUUACACAUACGCGAGCUCAAGCGUAUACUCAACGAAGAUCAGUCCCGCUUUAACAAUCAUCCCGUGCUGAACGAUCGCUAUCUGCUGUUGAUGCUGUUAGGAAAGGGCGGUUUCUCCGAGGUGCACAAGGCGUUUGACCUCAAGGAGCAACGCUAUGUCGCAUGUAAGGUGCACCAAUUAAACAAGGAUUGGAAGGAGGAUAAGAAAGCUAAUUAUAUCAAACACGCAUUGCGAGAGUAUAAUAUACAUAAAGCGCUGGAUCAUCCGCGUGUUGUGAAGCUCUACGAUGUCUUUGAGAUCGACGCCAAUUCGUUUUGCACCGUCUUGGAGUAUUGUGAUGGACACGAUUUAGACUUUUAUCUAAAACAGCAUAAGACUAUACCAGAGCGUGAGGCACGCUCCAUUAUAAUGCAGGUUGUAUCUGCACUCAAGUAUCUAAAUGAGAUUAAACCGCCUGUCAUCCAUUAUGAUCUGAAACCUGGCAAUAUUUUGCUAACCGAGGGCAAUGUCUGUGGCGAGAUCAAGAUUACAGACUUUGGUCUGUCCAAAGUGAUGGACGAUGAGAACUACAAUCCAGAUCAUGGCAUGGAUUUGACCUCACAAGGCGCUGGCACUUAUUGGUAUCUGCCGCCCGAGUGCUUUGUGGUGGGCAAGAAUCCGCCCAAAAUCUCAUCCAAGGUGGACGUUUGGAGUGUGGGCGUUAUCUUCUAUCAGUGUCUGUAUGGCAAGAAACCUUUUGGGCAUAAUCAAUCGCAGGCAACCAUAUUGGAGGAGAAUACAAUACUGAAGGCAACCGAAGUGCAGUUCUCCAAUAAGCCCACAGUGUCCAAUGAGGCAAAGAGUUUCAUUCGCGGCUGUUUAGCGUAUCGCAAGGAGGAUCGCAUGGAUGUCUUUGCGCUGGCCAGACACGAGUAUAUACAGCCGCCUGUGCCGAAACAUGGGCGUGGCUCGCUAAAUCAGCAGCAACAGCAGCAGCAGCAGCAACAACAGCAGCAACAGCAACAGCAGCAACAGUCGUCUACGUCUCAGGCCAACUCGGCGGGACAGACCUCGUUCUCAGCCCACAUGUUUGGCAAUAUGAAUCAGUCUAGCUCAUCCUAGCUGCUAACUAAACGUAAU